GGAGCCCCCGCGGCGGCGGCCCAGAGGGAGGGGGGAGCGGAGCGAGCGAGCGGAGGGAGCGAGGGGGAGGGGGGGGUCCGCCGCCCGCCCGCCCGCCCGCCCGCCCGCCAUGCCGCUGAGGAAGCAGGAGGCCGCGCGGGCGCUGCGCCUGCUGGAGGAGCUCCGCGCCAAGCUGAGCCCGCUGGACGACCGGCCGCUGCGCAGCUCGCUGGAGAGGGUCAUCGGCAUCUUCCGCAGCAGCCUCUUCCACGCCCUCCUCGAUAUUCAGGAGUUUUACGAAGUGACCCUGCUGGACAACCCCAAAAGUGUUGGUCACUUAAAGCAGAAUGAAUCCGUGCCGCCCGUCAACACCUGGGACUUCUCCAGCCUUCCAAGCACAACGGUGACGUCCGAAACCUUGCCGAGCAGCCUUAGUCCUGCCACAGAGAACUACCACUCUCAGGAGGAGGAGGAGCCCCCUUCGGUGCUGGAGCAGAGGAGGACCCCCCUGGCCCCCAGCGAGGAGGCGGCUGUUCCUGAGCUUGUUCACGUGUCUGAGAAGAACCUGUCACAAGUUGAGAAUGUCCAUGGAUUUGUUUCUCACUCUCAUAUCUCACCAGUCAAGACAGCAGAAGCCGUGCCUCUCUCUCCUCCCAUUGUCUCUGUCCUGCCAGUCUCCACCGAGGCCACUUCCGUCCCGCCCUCCAUAUCACAGGCAAAUCCUCCCCCGCUGGUUGUCAACACAGAGGCUCCGGAGACCCCAACCUAUGUCAAUGGCACAGAUGCAGAAUAUGAAUACGAAGAAAUUACUCUGGAACGGGGCAAUUCGGGUCUCGGCUUCAGCAUUGCAGGAGGGGCUGACAACCCCCACAUUGGGGACGACUCCAGUAUAUUCAUUACAAAGAUUAUCCCAGGGGGUGCAGCAGCGCAGGACGGGAGAUUGCGGGUGAACGACUGCAUUUUGCGCGUGAAUGAGGUGGACGUCCGUGAGGUGACACACAGUAAAGCCGUGGAAGCUUUGAAGGAGGCCGGCUCCGUGGUUCGGCUCUAUGUCAAGAGAAGGAAGCAGGCCACGGAAAAAGUCAUGGAGAUAAAGCUUGUGAAAGGCCCCAAAGCAGGUCUUGGGUUCAGCAUAGCUGGGGGAGUUGGCAAUCAACACAUCCCAGGAGACAACAGCAUCUACGUCACCAAAAUCAUUGAAGGUGGUGCGGCACACAAGGACGGCAGACUCCAGAUUGGAGACAAGCUUCUGGCUGUGAACAGUGUUGGUUUAGAAGAAGUCACGCAUGAAGAUGCUGUCACUGCCUUAAAGAACACCUCAGACUGUGUUUAUCUGAAAGUGGCAAAACCCACCAGCAUGUUCAUCAAUGAUACUUACACGCCUCCAGAUGUCACCAACUCGUACCCGCUGCCUGUGGACAACCAUAUCAGCCCAUCAACCUACCUGGGACAGUCCACCUCCCCUACAUCACCAGGAAGAUACUCCCCCAUUCCCAAGGGGAUGCUUGGAGAUGAUGAAAUCACCAGGGAGCCACGGAAGAUCGUCCUCCAUCGAGGAUCCACAGGGCUUGGCUUCAACAUCGUGGGCGGGGAAGAGGGAGAAGGGAUUUUUGUCUCUUUCAUCCUUGCAGGAGGACCUGCAGAUCUAAGUGGCGAGCUCAGGAAAGGAGACCGCAUCAUUUCGGUAAAUGGCGUUGACCUCAAAGCUGCGACUCACGAAGAGGCAGCAGCUGCUUUGAAGAAUGCAGGCCAGGCGGUCACGAUCCUGGCGCAGUACCGCCCAGAAGAAUACAGUCGUUUUGAAGCGAAAAUACAUGACUUGAGAGAGCAGAUGAUGAGCAGCAGCAUCAGCUCAGGAUCGGGGUCCCUGCGGACCAGUCAGAAGCGGUCCCUCUACGUCAGAGCACUCUUUGACUAUGACAAGACUAAAGACAGCGGCCUGCCUAGCCAGGGGCUGAACUUCCGGUUUGGUGACAUCCUCCACGUCCUCAAUGCUUCUGACGAUGAGUGGUGGCAGGCACGGCUGGUGAUGCCCACUGGAGAAAGCAGCGAGGUUGGCGUGAUCCCAAGCAAGCGCAGGGUUGAGAAGAAAGAACGAGCCCGUCUAAAAACAGUGAAAUUUAAUUCUAAAACAAGAGGUGACAAAGGGCAGUCAUUCAAUGACAAGCGUAAAAAGAACCUCUUUUCCCGAAAAUUCCCCUUCUACAAGAACAAGGAGCAGAGUGAGCAGGAGACCAGUGAUGUGGACCAACACGUCACAUCCAACGCCAGCGACAGUGAAAGCAGCUACCGUGGCCAAGAGGAACUGGUCCUGUCUUACGAGCCCGUCACCCAGCAAGAAGUUAAUUACACCCGGCCAGUGAUUGUUCUAGGACCUAUGAAAGACAGAAUAAAUGAUGACCUGAUAUCUGAAUUUCCAGACAAAUUUGGAUCGUGUGUUCCACAUACCACUCGGCCAAAGCGAGAGUACGAGGUGGACGGGCGGGAUUACCACUUUGUAAUGUCCCGAGAACAAAUGGAAAAAGAUAUUCAGGACCACAGGUUCAUUGAAGCCGGACAAUACAACAACCACCUAUAUGGGACAAGCGUCCAGUCUGUGCGAGAAGUGGCUGAAAAGGCAAAACACUGCAUCCUGGACGUCUCCGGAAAUGCCAUCAAGCGGCUUCAAGUUGCUCAGUUGCAUCCUAUCUCCAUUUUCAUCAGACCCAAAUCAGUGGAAAACGUCACGGAAAUGAAUAAGCGAUUAACAGAUGAGCAAGCUCGGAAGACAUUUGAGAGAGCCAUGAAGCUAGAGCAAGAAUUUACAGAACAUUUUACAGCGACGGUGGAAGGUGACACAUUGGAAGAGAUUUACAGCCAGGUGAAGCAAGUCAUUGAAGAGCACUCUGGCCCUUCCAUCUGGGUACCAGCCAAGGAGAAAUUGUGAAGGCCGGCUGGCCCCGACAUGCAGGAACUGGCUGGCAGCUUCCCGUGGAAUACGAAGACUGGCCGGCGCUCCCGCCUCCAGCUCCCGCCUGGUGUGAACGGGGUCAUGUCAGGGCUGCCGGUCCAUAAAACACACUUUGACUUGGAUAGGUUUGACUCUCCAAAUCUGCUUUUGUGCAGCCAGCUUCUCAAAUAUCCGGGGGCAGCGCUUGACCAGCUAUGGUGGAUGAUGGGUGGGGAAUUACACUGUAAACUCCUUAAUGUUUAAGGGAAAAGUAUCCUUCAGAGAUUUUGAGAAAUAAAAGCUUUAUAUACAUUCUUUAAAGAUUUCCUAACAAAAUGAAAUAAAAGUGGUCUUAAGUGACGUAAACCGUAAGCAACUCUACGCUUCACUUUAAUUGCAUGGUUUGAUUUGAGAGGUUUGGUUUCAGGAUUUUGUUUCAUACUUUUCUUUUGUCUGUAACAAAUACAUUUUACAGGCAGUUGAAUGAGAAUCUCUUUUUUUAAAAAUGUCCAAGGUAAUAUAUGCAUAAUUACUGUGGCUUUACAAGGGAAAAUGUGCUUUCAUAAUUUUGUAAGAAUGUUCUUAAUACUCUAUUUUUUCAUGGUUUGCUGUCGCUAGGGCUGGGGAGAGGGAUCUUCAGUUUUUGAACGAGCACAGGCGGGAGGACUCCUCCGUUGGGGCCGUCUGAUAGGCACAGUUUUAUCGGAAGGUGGCUGAGCAGGCCGGGCUCGCUUCGGCAUCAGAGGAGCUCCCGUUUCAGACCUUCCUGAGCUCAUUGUUAGGAUGCUGAGAGAUGCAUUCAGAGCAGAAAUAUGUUCUUAGAGAUCGGGUUUUAAUAAAUAUUUUACCCACAAUAACUGCCUAUUUUGUUAUAAUAAACAUAUUAUAUACAUAUAUAAAUGUAUAUAUAAAUAUAUAUAUAUUAAACUUUCUUUAACUAAA